AUGACAUCGGCCGUGAGACAGCACAUGGCACAACCCGUUACGGCGCCCAUGGCAUCGUUUCAUCGCCCAGCCAGGCUUCAUUAUCUUCGAGGAUUCAUCAAAAAUAUCUCGAGUGGAGUGGAAUGUUGUCCAUCAGACAAUAUCUCCGACCUUCUUCAGCUCUUCUUUGAAAACGCGAUUGUGAAAGGGGCUACGGCCUACAUAUUCGGGGAGCUCCGUCGGGACCUCAAAAAGAUAAACCAGAUUCACAUGAAUCAAGGCAGUGUCGGGCGGUUUGAACAUGAAAACGCUGCCGGUCAAGACGGGGGAGUUCUACUCCAAUUCCCAGAUCAUCAUUGGGAGGCCUUAUUCAUCGCCUUCCAGGAACAGGGCUCUCGAACCAACGAAGACGGUCAGUCCAUCGGUCCAAACCUCGGUAGCAUAGUCGAAUAUUGCAAAGAAAAUCCAGUUGUAAGCGGGACUGAUGCCGGAUGCCCGCCUGUCGGUAUCACCGCCCUGCUCUAUCCAGAUUAUAAGAACCCGAACUUGUAUCCCAACGCCGUACCAGUGUGUUAUCUCACCAUUUCAAAUAUAGCAAAGCAAGAUGUGGUGGAUCUCGAAGGUUGGGAAAUAUCCUCUAGCGAGUCGGAGGAAGUCCACACCAUCGAGAAUGUACAGCUUUUGCCAGGUGGGGGCCGGUUCAGCUUUGCAGUUCCACCUAAAUGGUUUCCAGGCAGCUUGGGCGCCAUAUUUCUGCGAAACCGAGAGAAGGAGACAGUUGACCAGGUGCAUUAUUACCGAGAGUGGAAGCGAAGGUCUGGAAGACUUCUCUACUUUGGGCGGAAUCGUGAAGGGACUUUUUCAUAA